AUGGCCCCUGAACCAGUCCGCGUUCUCAUCACCGGCGCCGCCGGCCAGAUCGGCUACAGUCUGAUUCCGCUCGUCUGCAAGGGCGACGUCUUCGGCCCCGCCCAGCCGGUCAUCCUCCACCUGCUGGACAUUCCGCCGAUGAAGGGCGUCCUCGACGGAGUGGUCAUGGAGAUCAACGACUGCGCCUACCCGCUCCUCCUCGACACGGUGGCCACCGUCGACGAGGCGGAGGCCUUUCGCAACAUCGACGCCGCCUUCCUCGUCGGCUCGAUGCCCCGUCGCGAGGGCAUGGAGCGCAAGGACCUCCUGGCGGCCAAUGUCAAGAUCUUUGCCUCUCAGGGCCGCGCCCUGGCCGCCCACUCGAAGCCGUCGGUGAAGGUGCUGGUGGUGGGCAACCCCGCCAACACCAACGCCCUCAUCGCCAGCUACUUCGCCAAGGACAAGAUUCCGGCGCGCAACUUCACCGCCAUGACCCGACUGGACCAGAACCGAGCGACGGCGCUUCUCGCCCGCGAGAACCAGGUCCCGGUGGCCUCGGUGGAGAAGGUGGUCAUCUGGGGCAACCACUCCUCGACGCAGUUCCCCGACGCCUCCAAUGCGACGGCCAACGGAGCGAAGCUGGCCUUCUCCGGCCACAAGGAGGACUUUAUCAGCACGGUGCAGAAGCGCGGCGCCGCCGUCAUUGCCGCCCGCAAGCUGAGCAGUGCCAUGUCGGCGGCCAAGGCCGCGGCCGAUCACAUGCGCGACUGGUUUCAGGGCACCGACAAGUGGGUCUCCAUGGGCGUCAUCUCCGAUGGGAACCCCUACGCCGGCGCGGGCGUCCCCGACGGCCUCAUCUUCAGCUUCCCCUGCACCGUCGACCCGGCCACCAAGGAGUGGGCCAUCGUGCCGGGCGUCGCCUUUGACGACUUUGCCGCCAAACGCAUCGCCGCCACCGCGCAGGAGCUCAGCGAGGAGCGCGGAGAGGCGCAGGCGGCCACUGCCAACGCCUAA